GUCGUACCCGCAACUGAAGCGGUACUGGUACAGGCAUGCCACUGGAGGGGAGCCAGCCAACCGCCAACCGCGAGCAGCAGCAGGUGGCACCGCCGCCAGUAGUCGCCCUGCAGGGGCAGCAGUCCAUCGGAGCGGUACAGCUGGCACAGCUGCUGGCGCCCGCCAUUGCACAAGCCGUGCAGGAGGCUGUGCAGCGAGUUUGGCGCGAAGCCGCCAAGGCGGACGCGCUCGGCAUUGACGACCCGGCAGACCAGAAGCAGCUGGAUGCAAUGGAGGACGCCAAUGCGAUUGUUGGAUCAUAUGGCGCCGGCGGCUAUGGCGCCACGCCGAGCAGCAGCAGCUACGCCUCGCCAUACAGCGCAGGCGGUUACGGUGGCGCGUCAUCGUACGGCAGCACGCCGGCGGCUGGCGGCAGCUCGUACGGGACGCCCAGCUCGUACGGCGCUGCUGGCGGCGCAAUGAGCCCCACUGGCGCCGCGGGCGGCGGCUACGGCGCCAGCAGCUACGGCGGCGCGGGUGGGUACGGCAGUGCGGCGGGUAAUGGGUACAGCAGCUUUGGGCAAAACAGUGCCUACGGCGGGGCCUCGGGAGGCGGCUACGGCGGCGCGGCCAGCAGCGGCUACGGCAGCUACGGGCAAGGCAGUGCCUACGGCGCAUCGGCAGGGGCUGGGUACGGGCAGCAGCAACAGCAGCAGUCAGGGUACGGGCAGCAGAGUGCGUACGGGCAGCAGAGUGGGUACGGGCAGCAGGGGGCGGCAGGGGGCGGCUACGGGCAGGGUGGCGGCGGCGGCGGCGGCGGCUACGGCGGCGCUCCCAGCCCCAAGGCCGAGUUUGUUCCGCACAAGGGCGCGUUCUGCGGCAAGAUCGUGAUGCAGCCGCCCGGCGGCAAGACCUCCAUCAACCUGUUUGGGUAAUGGGUGCUCACGGCUGCCGCGCAGCAGCUUGGCGGUGCUGUGCCUAGCAGCUUUGGAAGCAGGCGCAGCCAGCCACGCCGCGUUACCGACAAAGUGACGGGUUUGGUACAUUUCUUUUGCAUGAAUGUUGGAAAGGUUGGGUGGGCGUGCGUGAGCACACCGCAAGUCAGGCGCUGCGCAUUUCAGCACAUGCCCGGGCGGAUGGUGGCAGGCUUGACUGCUCUCGCAGUGUUGCAUUGAUUUGCAGGUAGUGCUUGUUUGGCAGGUUUAGCAGGUUUGUACGCUGUCAAGGCGAAGUUCGUUUUGCUGUAGGGCUUGCGCUUAAUGGUUCAGGAUGUCCGGUAUGUCCUCUUGAAUGAUUCCUUGGAUGCCGUGUGCAGCUCUGGGGCUUAAGUGAAGCUCCAGUUGGUGGCAGUCCUGACUUACUUGGUGACACGCCUGAACACCUGCGACAUGCAUGAAUUUGCGAGGGUGGCAGCACGCGCGAGGACGCGGCAUUUUGGUUGUUGCUCAACGCCGUCGGGGCUCUGGCCACCCCGCCGGCGGCGGGUUGGUACGCGUCAUGCAACGAAGGGAUUGCGAGUCUGUACAGGUGUGUAAGCUACACGUUCA